UCCCAGCAUCCCAUAUGGUCCCCUGAGCACAGCCAGGGGUAAUUUGUGAGUGCAGAGCCAGGAGUAAUCCCUGUGCAUCUCUGGGUGUGACCCAAAAAGCAAAAAAAUAAAAUAAAAUAAAAUAAAAAUAAAUAAAAUAAAAUAAAUUCAGAGGUCGCUUCCCCACCUUCCUCCGUUCCCAAGGCCCCGAAACUGCCUCCUGGCGGAGGGCCACUCCUCAGCCAGCCAGUGGGUCCCCAGGCUGAGUCCUUCAGUGUGUCCCAGCCCCCCUCACUGUCAGACAGGAGGGGCAGGAACUGCGAGGCUGGUGGAGUUUCCGACCAGGCAGGAAAAAGAACAAAGGGAUUGUGGGGGAGAGGCGGAGGGGGCGCAGGGACAGUGGCCACACAGGGAACGCUGCACCAUGGAAUAUGAAGUCAAGAAAGGGAAAAAGGGCUUUGUGUCACCCAUCCGUCGGCUGGUAUUCCCCAAGGCAGCACGCCGGGCAGCCUGUCGGAGCAACGUGAGCCGCAGGCCUCUGCAUUCGAUGCCCCUCUACCCCCCCGACUACCUCAUCGACCCCCAGAUUCUGCUGUGCGACUACCUAGAGAAAGAGGUUAAGUUCCUGGGCCACCUCACCUGGGUGACAUCUUCACUGAAUCCCUCCAGCCGGGACGAGCUCCUGCAACUGCUGGACACGGCCAGGCAGCUGAAAGAGCUACCGUUGAAGACCACGGCGGAGCAGGACAGCAUCCUGAGCCUGUCCGCCCGCUGCCUGCUGCUCACCUGGCGCGACAACGAGGAGCUGAUCCUACGCAUCCCCACGCACGAGAUCGCCGCCGCCUCCUACCUGCAGGACGACGCACUGCACCUGCUAGUGCUUAAAACUGGUCUGGGCGUGGACCCGGUGCCGGCGGGUGUGGACGCCAGCCCCGGCGGCUCGGCGCGCGACCCCGGCCCGCCGGGCGCGGCGCCCGAGAAGCGGCGGGUAGGCACCACGGAGCGGCGCCACACCAUCUGCAGCCUGGACUGGAGGAUGGCGUGGGGCGGGGGCGCGGGCUCCGAGAGCCGCGCGGCGGGCGGCGGCGGCGGCAGCCUGGAGCGGCAGCGCGCGGGGGCGCGGGCGUCCGGGAGCUGGGAGCGGCGACAGACGUUCAGCGGCAGCUGGGAGCGGCGACACGGCGGCGGCGGUGGCGGCGCGGGCAAGCCGGGCGGCAGCUGGGAGCGGAGGCAGGCGGGCGGCGGAGGCAGCUGGGAGCGGCGGCACCCGGGCUCCAACCCGCUGGACCCGCAGGACCCCAGCCCUGACGCCUACUGCAACCUUGUCAUCCUGGCCGUGGCCAACAGGGAUGCUGCUGAGGAAUCCUGUGCCCUCAUCUGCCAAGUCUUCCAGAUCAUCUACGGGGACCAGAGCAUCGAGUGUGUGGACCGGGCCGGCUACCACUACAUGUCCACUCCCGAGCGACCAUGGCUCUGCAGCCGCAGUGAGAGCUGCCGCACGGACGGGACCUACGCUUACGACGCCGACUUCAGCUGCUGCAGCUCCUUCAAUGGCUCCCAGGACACAUUCGAAGCCUGUUACAGUGGCACAUCCACGCCCUCGUUCCACGGCUCCCACUGCAGCAGCAGCGACCAGAGCGGCCUGAGCCUUGAGCAGCUGCAGGAUUACAUGGUCACGCUGAGGAGUAAGCUGGGGCCCCCCGAGAUCCAGCAGUUCGCGCUGCUGCUGCGAGAGUACCGGCUCGGGCUGCCCAUCCAGGACUACUGCGCAGGCCUGCUGAAGCUCUACGGGGACCGGCGGAAGUUCCUCCUCCUCGGGAUGCGCCCCUUCAUCCCGGACCAGGACAUCAGCUACUUCGAGGGCUUCCUGGAGGGCGUGGGCAUCCGCGACGGCGGCAUCCUCACCGACAGCUUCGGCCGCAUCAAGCGCAGCAUGAGCUCCACGUCGGCGUCGGCCGUGCGCAGCUACGACGGCGCGGGGCAGCGGCCGGCCGCGCAGACCUUCCACCGGCUGCUGGCCGACAUCACGCACGACAUCGAGGCGCUGGCCCCGGACGACGACAGCACGGACGCCGAGGCGCACGACGACUCCCCGGGCGCGGGCGACGCGGCCGAGGACAACUACCUGUAGGCUGCCGCCGCCGCCCGCCUGGGCGACCCCCAGCCCGGCCCCGAGCGCCCCGGGAGCGGCGGUCCAGCCCGCGGGCCCGGCCCUGCAGUCCCCGGAAUGGCCUGCAGGGGGCAGGGAUGGCGCGGGAGGGUGUGGACCCUGCAGUCUUCUCUGCCUGCUCAGAGUACUGGCCUUGGGAACUUCCUUGCCCGGUGCUCCGAGGGCUCGGCCAACAGAGGGAUGCGGAGUGGGCUCCACCUGCUGGUAAAAGGAUAAAAAGAAUUCC